CACCAAUCCAGUUAAAUAAGCUGCGACUGAAGUCAAGAAAUGAAGGUGAAGUUUUUAAGUAGAAAAAAAAAUCACAAAAACUUCAGGUUUUUCCGUUAGUUCAACGAUAUUUUUCAAUCAUUCUUCCAAAAUCAACCUAAAAAACUUAGAAACCAAAUAAAAAAAAUGAAGAAAUAUCGUUGGAAUUCAUUCAUUUUGCUACAGCUGAAUGUUUUCUAUUGCUAAUCGUUCGUCAAAGUCUCGCUCCUUGUUCAAGAGAUGGCGUUGAGCGGCGAAAAUAGAAUGAAUUCGAGGUAAAGCUGAAGUCGAUCUGACAUUUGACGUUGACGUGUCGGCUUUAAUUUUUUGUGUAUAUUUUUGUCGCGGUGGCCAAUUAGAUUAUCUUCAUAAAAUAUCAUACGGUAAAAAAAAGGAAUAAGUAUUUUGUUUUUCGGAAAUCGCAACCAAAUUCGCUCGACUUGUAAUUUAAAAUUCAUGUUUAGUUCAGAAACCAAUUGAAGCAUAUUCAAUUUUCUGUAAGUCAUAGGAUAAAUUUUGAUACAGUGUUGUUUUUUUCUUUCUUAUGAGAAUCACUCGAGCCGAAACCUAUAUUCUGUACAUGCAAUUAAAAUAGGGACAAACGUAAAGUGUUGAGAAAAUACAUCAGCAGCCAACACACUACACCAUUAAUGUGAAUGUUCUGCCACAGAUUGUGUCAUCGUUGUGUAAAUAUACAGCCGAAAUGUUUGCAUUCAGUCGAAAAUAAAUCUGAUCGUAUCAUAUUUUAGCAGUAAGAGUGAAUUUGUUCUAAUUGUGCCGUAUGCGAGUGAGUUAAUGUGUGUGUGUGUAUGAGUGAGAGUGUAUCUGUCGUUGAAAAAAUAGGGAAUAAUAUGUGCAUCCAGUGAAUUCCAAUUUGUAUGCAUGUAUAAUAUUGACCGAUUUCAAUGCGAACCACAUGUAUGGCAAUUUUCAGUAAAAUCGACCGACUACGGUCUGCCAUAAAAAAAGACAAACAAAAAUAAUUAAAUAUUUAAAUUGGUUACAGUGUGUGCGAGUACACUGUAAUAACCAAAUUGUCAUUGUAGCCGUUUCGGUUUCUUCUGUUUCCUACUGACACGUUGGAAGUGUUGACGUUUUAAGACCAAAUUUAUAAUAACAAAAACUUAUUGCAUUCUUUAGUUUUGGAACGAAGCUUUAAACGCAUCAAGUACAUGCAAAUUCCGGUCUUUUCAUUUUAUUAGGAUUGGUACAAAAGAAAACCAAAUUAUUAACAACGCAUCGCAAAUAAGGGACGUGAAUCAUGAAAAUCAAGGAGUUACAAAAGACAGUCAACAUUGCCUGGUCACCGGCACAGUUGAACCAAUUAUAUUUGGCUGCCGGUACGGCCGCCCAGCAAAUCGAUACAUCACUCAAUUCGAAUGCAACAUUAGAAAUCUACGAAACCAAUUUGACCGAUCCCGGUUAUGAUCUGAAUUUGAAAGCCUCUCAGAAUAGCCCAUAUAGAUUUCAGAAAAUUGUAUGGAGCCCAUUGAGGAAUCAGGGUAAUACGUGUGGAAUUAUAGCAGCUGGUUGUGAAAGUGGUCAUUUGCAACUGUACAGCGCAUCAAAAUUGUUAGCUGGCGAAGAUGCGUUGGUGGCAUCGCAAGACAAGCACACUGGCGCUGUUCGUGCACUAGACUAUAAUCCAUUCCAAGUGAAUUUACUGGCCUCUGGCGCAUCGGAAUCGGAUAUUUUCAUUUGGGAUUUAAAUAAUACCACAACACCGAUGACGCCCGGUACAAAGACGCAACCAUUGGAAGACAUCCAAAACAUCGGUUGGAAUCGUCAAGUGCAACAUAUUCUCGCCUCUGUGUUCAGUACGCGAUGCGUGGUGUGGGAUUUGCGUAAAAAUGAGCCAAUCAUUAAACUUAGCGAUACACAAUCGCGUGUUCGCUUCCGGGCAUUGCAAUGGCAUCCAACCAUCGCAACACAAUUGUGGCUUGCAUCCGAAGAUGAUCAAGCACCGUUUGUUCAGUUAUGGGAUUUGCGUUAUGCCACUGCACCAGCUAAGACGCUAAAAAUUCACGAUCGUGGUAUUCUGGGUUUGACAUGGUGUUUGAAAGACACCGAUCUGAUGGUGUCUUGCGGUAAAGAUAAUAAAAUUUUGUGCUGGAAUCCGAAUGGUGAACCGGGCGAUGAAUGCAUCUCCGAAAUUGCAACGCCACUUCAGUGGUAUUCCGAUGUGAUUUGGUGUCCACGGAAUCCAGCCUUGAUUGCCAGUUCCAGUUUAGAUGGUGCCGUGUCAAUUUACUCACUGUACGGCGGUACACAGCAUCAAGUGCAAACAUCAAAUAAAAUUGCCGAUUCGUUCCCCGGCAUGGAACAUUUUGCUCAGGCGCCAACGCCACAGGCAACCACUCAAAUUGUCUACAAUGACCUGAAAAAGCCACCAAAAUGGAUGAAACGGCCAGUUGGUGCCAAAUUUGGAUUUGGUGGGAAAUUAAUUACAUUCCGAAAUGAGCCGAGUGCACCGCACACGAUCAACAUAAGCCAAGUAACAACUGAGCCAGAACUCGUUGAACGAUCAACUAAAUUGGAAGAGGUAUUAAGCAAUGGCAACUUCAUUGAUUACUGUAAACAACGCGCCGAUGAAACCGAAGAUCAACACAGUCGAUACGUUUGGUAUUUCUUAAAGGCCAACUUCGAAGCAGAUCCACAUGCCGAAAUGCUGAAUUUAUUGGGCUAUAACAUUGAGGAUAUGCGUGGCAAAUUUAAUAAAUACAUCGAGAAGAAUGCCGACAAUGACAUCGAUGCCAUCAACACUCGGCUCGCCGAUCUUGGUCAAGAUAAUGCGGCCAUUUUUGACAAUCUUGCUUCGCAACAAAAGUUGAAGGACGAUUUGGAUAGCAGCAAUGAGGAAAUUCCGUAUAAAAUUCGUACUGGUGACGACAAUGAAGGUUUGAUUUGUCAAGCUCUCCUCACCGGUAACAUUGAAUCGGCCGUUGAACUGUGCAUCGAUUCCGAUCGUAUGGCCGAUGCCAUAAUUAUUGCGACCACAGGCGGAUCGGAUCUAUUGGCACGCACUCAAUAUCGUUACUUGAAAAAGAGUCAGGGCUUCUUAUCGAAUAUAAUAUCGGCAUUGGUCACUGAUGACUGGUCAUCAGUGAUUUCACAAUGCACAGCAGAUUCGUGGAAGGAGGCACUCGUUGCAACUCUAACGUACUGUCGUGAACAUGUGCCUGUGCUAUGCGAACGUCUUGGAGAGCGAUUGCAAUGCGAGAGUGGCUCCAAUUUGGCGUCCAUUCAAAAUGCAAUCCUCUGUUACAUUUGUGCCGGCAACGCUGAACGUUUGGCCGAAUCAUGGUUGGCCGCACAGUCAACCACAGCAAAUGGUGAAAGUGUACCGUCGACCCAGGAAUUACAGGAUCUCAUCGAAGUGGUGAUUCUUUUCCAAAAAGCCUUGGAAUUACAGGGUCGAAAUGUGAACGCAACGGGUAAAUUGGCUGAGCUAUUGUCACAGUAUGCCGGUUUAUUGGCUUCACAAGGAGCAUUGAACUCAGCGCUCACAUAUUUGGGCCCGUCUGAAGCAGCCGAUAUUGUUGAAUUGCGCGAACGACUUUACUAUACCUUGGGGCAUAAGCAAGCCUAUGCAACAAAUGUUCGCAGUCAAUCACAAGCGCAGAAUAUGUAUGUGAAGGCACAAACACCAAACAAGUUUGGUCAACGGCCAUCGAAUGGUAGCAUUCAAUCGCCACUAACGGCUACAUUCAACAAUAGCUACAAUAACAACAGCUUCAGCAAUAAUAGUUACAGUAAUAGCUUCCCAGCGGCUGCACCAACCACGGCAUCGCCACCAACGUGGGGUCAGCCAGUUCCAUCACAUCCGCAGGCACAACCAUGGAAUUCGACACCGUUUGCACCGAGCAAUGUGGCGCAGCCAAAUCCAAUUUUGCCGCCAGUGCAAUCAAAACCACCACCAACUCAACCACCACUUUUCGAUCCAAGCGCGCAACCACCCAGACCAUCGAGUGUUAGCUCACAAGGCACAGCACCAGUUGCCCGCAGUAAAUACGUUUUGGAUCCAUCAGUUCAGUCAAGUUCUUCCUACGGUCAAGCGCCUGGUUUGUAUGCAUCGCAAAACCAAACAUUUGGAUCACAGCAACCGUCGUACGGAUCGCAAUUCAAUCAACCAUUUAACCAACCAGUAUCGAAUCCAGUGCCUAUUGCUAGCAUAGGUCAAUCAUCAAUUCUGAAUCCACAACCAAUCAACACAUUCGCGCCUGGUUUACCACCAAUCGAAGUUGCUCAACCGGCAAUUCAGCAGAAUAUUCAGAGAAAUCCAACACCUCCACCCGGAUGGAACGAUCCACCUGCAUUGAAAUCAACGCGACUGCCGCCAGCCGUUCAACCGACCGAGACAAAUGCCAACGUAAUCACACAUCCGUUGUUUGGCGUCGAUCCAAAUCAGAAUCAAAAUGGUUACGGUGAUCUAUCAGGUGGACAAUUCGUUACGUCUCCAAAUGCAUCAUAUCAGGGUACAUACAUGACACCGCAAUUACCUCCACAACAACAGCAGCAGCCGGCACACCAAUUACCAUCAACUGGUUUUCCACCGCAGACACAAACGUUCCAAACCCAAUUGCCAAACGCUCAGCCACUGCAAUUUUCCCAAUCAGCUCAGCAACCGUUCGCCAAUUCAGAACCAAUCAAACAGAAACCACCACUUCCCGAAGAGUACAUCUAUAUGCAAACGGUUUUCAACGAGCUGCGUACUCAAUGCUGCAAUGUAACCAACAAUCCCCAAACCAAACGGAAGUUGGAUGAUGUUUCGAAGCGUUUAGAGCAAUUAUAUGAUUUAUUGCGUGAGAAUAGGUUAACACCAAACACGUUGGGUUCCUUGAAUCAAUUGACUCAGUUAGUUCAAAUUGGCGACUACGCAAAUGGAUUGGGGCUACACACGCAAAUGGUAUCUGGUCCAGACUUUUCUCAAAUUGCCGGUUUUAUGCCGGGCAUCAAAGUGCUACUGCAAACCGCCAUGCAACUACAAGUUUGCUUGAGAUGAGCUAAAGCUACUUAACAACACUUCAAUUGCGGCAAUUCAAUUUAUUAUUUCAUUAAAGCGGCGAAACACAACACUCGAAUCUAGAAGCUUUUGUAAUCCCCGUCUAGAGACGGUGUCGUCCCAAUGUUUUCGUUUCGUCUCAAUGGUUUGUUUAUUUCAAUUUUUUUUUCUCCUGCAAGUCAAUCGUAUGUAUGCAUUUCUAUGCCUUUUUUUUUCAGUUAAAAUUCAUUUCAUUUGUUCAGAGCAAAGCAUAGAGUAUAUUCACUAUAUUAAUUACGAGAUAAAGUAGCAACACGUUGAAAAUGUAAAAAAAAAAUGUAUUAACAUCAAAAUAAUGAAUAAAAAUAUUAUCAAUAAAUAAA